UUUCCGGGCUUGCGGGCUAUUUCAGGGCUGCAGCCGCGGUCCGGCUCCCGGUCCCCGAGCGCUCUCCGGCCUUCCCCCAGCUCUCUCCGGUCGGCCUUCCCCGAGCCAGCGCGCCGGCAUGGGUCCCCGGCCCCGCUCGCUGCUCGCCGCCCUCCUGCUGCUGCUGCUGGCCGGGCUCGGCGGCGCGCGCGCCGACACCCCGGCCAACUGCACCUACCCGGACCUGCUGGGCACCUGGGUCUUCCAGGUGGGCGCGGGCGGCGCCCGGAGCGACGUCAACUGCUCGGCUCUGGGUCCACCAGAAAAAAAAGUAGUGGUGCACCUCAAGAAGAUGGAUACAGCUUAUGAUGACUUUGGCAAUUCUGGGUAUUUCACCAUUAUUUAUAACCAGGGCUUUGAAAUUGUGUUGAAUGACUACAAGUGGUUUGCCUUCUUUAAGUAUGAAACCAAGGGUAUCAAAGUAAUCAGUUACUGCCACGAGACAAUGAUUGGGUGGGUACAUGAUGUGCUGGGCCGGAACUGGGCUUGUUUUAUUGGAAAGAAGAUGGGAAGUCCUGAAAAUGUGAAUAUGAAUACAACACACCUUGAAAACCUCGUGGAAAAGUAUUCUAAUAAGCUUUACAAAUAUGAUCACAAUUUUGUGAAGGCCAUCAAUGCUAUCCAGAAGUCUUGGACUGCAACUACAUACAUGGAGUACGAGACUCUUACAUUGAAAGAGAUGAUUAGAAGACGUGGUGGCUUCAAUCAGCUAGUACCAAGGCCCAAACCUGUACCACUGACUGCUGAAAUUCAGCGAAAGAUUUUACAAUUGCCAGCAUCUUGGGACUGGAGAAAUGUUAAUGGUAUCAAUUUUGUUACACCUGUUCGAAACCAAGGAUCUUGUGGAAGCUGCUACUCAUUUGCUUCUGUGGGUAUGUUAGAAGCAAGAAUUCGUAUAUUAACCAACAACACUCAGACCCCUAUCUUGAGUCCUCAAGAGAUUGUAUCAUGUAGCCAGUAUGCUCAAGGUUGUGAAGGUGGUUUCCCAUACCUCAUCGCAGGGAAGUACGCCCAAGAUUUUGGGUUGGUGGAAGAAUCCUGCUUUCCCUACAAAGGCAUUGAUGUUCCUUGCAAAGUGAAAAAGGACUGUGUGCGUUAUUACACCUCUGAGUACCACUACGUGGGAGGUUUUUAUGGGGGCUGCAAUGAAGCCCUGAUGAAGUUGGAGCUGGUUCAGCAUGGGCCUAUGGCGGUUGCUUUUGAAGUCUAUGAUGAUUUUCUACACUACCACAAAGGCAUCUACCACCGCACUGGGCUGAGAGACCCUUUCAACCCCUUUGAGCUGACGAAUCAUGCUGUUCUGCUUGUGGGCUAUGGCACAGACCCAGUCAGUGGGAGGGAUUACUGGAUUGUGAAAAACAGCUGGGGCACAGGCUGGGGUGAGGACGGUUACUUCCGGAUCCUCAGAGGUACCGAUGAGUGUGCAAUUGAAAGCAUAGCAAUGGCUGCCACACCAAUCCCUAAGCUGUAGGGUACACUUCCCAGCAGUUUACGGGAUCAUCAUCAGUCAUGAAAGGGAUUGACUGAUUCACAGAUUCCCGAUGUUUAUGAGUAAUUUCACAAGUGCACAAAUAAAUUUCUAUGAAGCUUUUGCCUUUAAAAUUAAAAACAAACUUGAUCUUUAAAAUUCUAUCAACCACCAGCCUGAUGUUCUCCAAGUACUCAGUGAAGUAAGAUUUUUGAGAAUGAUGUUUAAACUGUCAGCUAAUAGUUUUACUAAUCAUUUGUAAUAUAUACAGAUGUUAUAUUUUUACAUUUUAUGUGAUAGCACAAGUUUUUAAAGCUUUUAUAAAUGAGCAAGAGAUAUCUGUUACAGCAUUUCUAUUGACGAGGCUUAAGAGACUUUUUACCAUUGACUCCUUCAGUCAGAUCUACUUAUGUUACGUAAGAAAAUAUUUCUUAAGGAAAAACACUUGAGAUUAUCUUAAUUAAGAAUAUAAGACCAUUAACGUUUCUGAGAUUGCUUAGAAACUCUACAGUCUUCCUUGUAUAUUUGAUAGGCCUAAGCCCAUAGAGGGGGUAAAAAGAAAUGUUGAUGAAAAUUGUGCAUUGGUUAAACUGUUUCUUAUGGUAUAUGUUUUACACAUGGUUAAUGAGCAUUCAUUGGCGAACAAUGUUGUUUAAUAAGGAAAAUACUGACUUAGAUUUAGAUCCCUUUUUGGAAUCUCCAAGGGUAUUUUGCAAUGGUUUGAAACCUCUGUGCUCAGAAACAUCUGUCAGACAAGGUAAGUAGUGCUCUAAAAUACAAAAAGUUCUUUGUAUCUCAAAGGACCAGAAAGAUCAUACUCUCUCACCUCCUCUCUGAACAAAUAAAGAGACCACAGCUUAGAAAAGGGCAAGUGCUGCCUCCUAGGUCACACAGCUGGUGAGCGAUGGAAUCAUGAUUAAAUCUCCAAAUGCAGCUAUCCUAGGCUGCCUUAAAGCACUUCUCAGCUGAACAUCUAUAAUCACCAGGCACAGUGGCUGCAUGCUUGGAAAUUUCACUGUGGUAUCUUAUGUCUCUUAGGUUAGUCUAAAGCCUCAUGUAUUUUUUUUCCCCUAAAAUUACAUUUUUUGCUGUCCCUGAAGUCCCACUCCAAGACUGUGCACUGUGUUUAGUGUGGCUUCUCGGGCAUUGUGGCAUCUGCCACAUGCUUUUGAACUUUCACUACAUGCUGACAAAGAAGCAAACACUGUAAUUAGAGGUAUAGCAAUGGCUCUUACCACUGGGAGGCCUCAACACUGUUACUGUUACUGUUUAAAUGUAAUUUUAGUUCCUGUGCAAGAGCAUGUGCGUGCAUGUGUGCGUGCGUGCGUUCGUGUGUGUGUGUGUGUGUGUCUAGACCUGCUGCGAUGUGAAAGUGUAAAUAGACUUGGAAUCAGGCAUGUUAUUUUUCACUAAAAUUUAUAAAGAUACUGCCGGUCACAUUCAUAAAUAAGAUGUAGAUGUAGGCAUGAGCUUAUCUUCUAGUUGACUAGUUGGACAGCAGUUAGCAAACUUGUAUCAGAGCAACUCAUUUAAAUGCAGAGAAGCUGUACUUUUGCAUGAUUGAUGAGUGUGCUGCCUGUAUUCUAAAGAAAAAUUAUCAUUAACAUUAGUUAUUAAAUGCUUUAGGAAAUUUUGGGAGGUUAAAUAUAGGUGUAAACCUAACUAGCUUUGAUAACCAGUUGUUAAAAAAAAAAAAACAUGAUGAGUUGAGAACAAGCAGUGAUUGGAAGAUGCUCUAAAUUUUCAGAGAUUACAAAAGGAGUUCCAAGACCAAGAACUCAAAUUACAAUACCUGCAUAAGUGAAGAAGGAGACAGCUUUUCCUAUAAAGCAUAUCACUUACUUUUUUCCACUGUAUUCAUUAAGACAGUUCUUCAGUGGAUGGGUCCAUAAGUCAUAUAGUUAGACUGUUGAUCUAUAUAGAAAGCAAGUUUCAUUAUCUAAAACUUGUUUAUAUCGGUACUAACUGAAAUAUAAUCAGAAUGUUGACAAAUUGAGCUCUGGAAAAAAUAGGAUGAGAUCUAUGACUCACCGCACUGAAGACAUUCUCAGAAAAUCUACAUGGAAGCCUGCAUAAAUAGCACGACAAGCCACAAAGCAGAAAAGUAAAGUUGCACUCUGGACCAUAGUGCCCAGCUAACAUUCUGGCUCUGACCACUAUUCAUAAAAUUCUAGACAUUUUCCCAAACCUACUUGUGCUUUCUGUUUCCUCCUGUGUAUCAUGCUAUUUACCAGAUAAUGGAGAUGUCUCAUAGAUGACUUAACUGUAAUUUUCUGACUCUCUGCUCUUGUAAUUGCAAAGAAUGAAGCAAAUGGAUUUGCAUUUAUAAUUUUAAAUGACAUUACUUUCUAGCUAAUGUCAAGCCUUUCUUAUCCUAAGUAAGGACCUUAAAGUGGAUUUAGGUUCUUCAGUUUUCCUGGCCAUCCAGAAUUGCUUAACUCUAUCUGACUUUCAGUCACUGAACUUAGGAGUUGAAUAGAAUUAGUAAGGUGUGGAAGGCCAUCUGGAUGGCUGUCCUUCAAAGAAGAGCAGUAUCUGCAUUUUGGCAAGACCUGGCCCUACUUCCAUGUAUUGACAUGUAAUUAACUGGCUAAAUUAUCCCUUCAAUUGGCUUUAAAUGAUGCAAAUGGGUACAGCCCAGGUGCUGAGAUAGCAAAGCUGAAGGUCAGUGUUGUCCCAACUUGUAGCUUCCAAGAAGCACACAUGUGUUAGCUGGGCAGGAGAGCAGUGCUCCACACUGUCUGCUAUCCCUGGUAUAAAAGAUUACACUUCAGAAGUGAAGCACCAACCCCAAAACAUUAGAUACUACCUCGAACUGUCUUAGGCACAUUACUCUUUCUGUAUAUCCUUCUUUCUUCAUAUUGCAGAAGUGAUUUCAGGCCUCUUAUCUAGCCCAGCUCACAGUAUACACAUAAUUUCCUCCAUUCUCACACUCACUCAUCCUUAAGCCACUCCCUUCUUCACAAAUCAAUAAAACCUGGGUUUGGCACUGGGAAUCGAGAUCUUUGUUCUAGUUAGCCAUCAUCCUUCCUGCACUGGGGACCCCCUUGGCUCUCCAAAAGUACAAAUAUGCCUUAAUGUCUCUAUUCUCAUCUUGGGUUGCAUUGGAAGUGGUAGAUCUGAAUUAAGUUGCUGAAAUUCCAAUAACUUUUCCAUGAGAUUACAAAUAUAAACUUACAGGACCAUGAUGACCAGAAAGAGCUUUCAAUGGUAAGGGAUGUAAAUACCUACUUCACAGAAAUCUCAAAGGAUCAAAUACUUUCACAUAUACAAAUUAUGCACAACAGUAGUUGGCAUGGGGUAGGAGUGUAUAAAUAUUAACUGCUACUCAAGUUAUCUUUCCCUAAAUGUAAAUGGUAAAAUAAUAUUCUGCCAUGGGAAAACAUUUAAGAUUACUUGUACCCUACUUCAAGAGGGCUUAUGAGAUUUCUUUUUAAGUGAAGAAACCAAAGCCUCACACAAGAAAAACCAUGGGAAAGAAUAUUUGCAAACUCUAUAAUAGGAGACUACUUUGAUUUGGGGAAUUUUGUUGCUACCAAUGGGAACGUUAUCUGGUAGCUUUUUCUAAAAAUGACUUGCCAAAUAAAUGUUACUGGGUUUGAAUUGCUCUCCACUCCUGUAGAUUCUUGUCUCAAAUAAAGAAUUGAACAAGAUGAGCAAAAAGCAGUGACAAAGUUUAUUUAAGAAAGUAAAAUAAAUAAAUAAAUAAAUAAAAAGAAAGUAAAAGUGAAAAGAGGAGAGAAACUGUUAUGCAGCUUGGGCUGAGUAAAAGAAGAAAAAGCAAGAUAAAAAUACAUCCUGGAGGAUUCAGUUUCCUCUAUUAUGAGAUAAGCCAUGACAGCAAUCUCUUCUUGGGAUCUGUGCCCUUUUAUACUGUCCCAGCCUUGAGGAAACCUAUGAGAACUUCUAUUUAUGAUUCCCCAGGCAGUGCUGUAAUCCCAAGCCUCAGGCUGACAUCGAGUCUAGGUCAUCCUAUUAAAAACCUGCUCAAGUUCUCAAGAGAAGUCCAGUUGCAGGGCAUGGGGGCUGUUCUACGCACUGGUUCUUUGGGUGCUACAAUUAAUAGGUCACACAUGCUUCCACCACCAGCUUUGCCAGCCCCUAAUCCCCUAACUCAGGGAAAAAAGAUCAAGUUUGAGAGUGGAAAGAGCUUCAGUAAUAAGCCCCUGGCAGAGUAAAGCCACUGCAACAUUGAAGUGAAAUAGGUUAAGACUGAUCUAAAAAUCUAACAGUUGAAUUUCCUAUUCUAUCUAAAGUGAAGUUAGCAAAAAAAAAAAAAAAAUUUCCUAUUCUAAUUCUUAAUAGCAUUAAAAUAAGGUAAGAACAUGAUAGGCACACAACAUUAAGUCCUAAAGGUGUUAUAGUCCACCUCUGCCCUUAGAAUAAACCAGAGGCAGUGUGGCAUACCCAAGUUCUAGCUAAUAAAGGUAAAUCUACACCUCAAUAUACCCAGAACUUUUUACAGUGCUUAGUGCCUACAAUUAAGAAAAAAAAAUGGAAGAAGAAAUCUAAGUGCUUUGAAACAUAUAUUCUCUUUAUUCUGGAAAAUCAUUUCUGAGGCCUUUUUCAGGUCUCAGAAAUUCUAGUUUCUUUCUGCGGGCAAGUGCUGUAUGUUCAUGCGAUCAAUGUGUAGUGGUUUUGAAGCUUUAAUAGUUUUCAAUAAAAUGAUUGUAAUAUUUAUAUCUUUUAA